AUGGACCCUCUAUCAUUGGCGGCUAGCAUUGUCGCUGUCCUACAGCUCACGUCAACCCUCACAAGCUACAUUAAUGAGGUCAGAAAUGCAACAGCAGAGCAGGCGAAGGUGGCAGUUGAGGCCAGUAAUCUCUACGGUCUGUUGACCACCCUGCGCUUUCGAGUCCAAGAAGCCCGAUCCGACGACCCAUGGUUCAAUCAAGUGAAAUUGCUGGGAAGCAAAAAUGGUCCGCUGGACCAAUUCAAAGAUACACUUGAAAUAAUGGUGAAUGAAGUGCUAUCGUUCAGGAAAAGAGACCAGAUCAAAUCGGCACUAUCGUGGAAGUUUACUAAAAAGGAGGUGGGAAAUGCAGUGGCUCGAAUGGAACGAUUGAAAUCGCUCAUCAGCUGCGCUUUGACAAAUGACUUGAUGUACGUGCAACUGCUGCGGGGAUGUGAGAGGCCACUGACAAAAGAAAGCACCUUGUCAAAGGCCAUUCAUGACGACAUCGUGGUUGUGAGAGAACAGACUGAGCAACUUCAUACACGUAUAGAGCGACUGCAUACCCUUGUGGAUCAGAACUUACCGAACAAAUUGUCGCAGUGGUUGUGCAUACCGGACCCGUCCACGAAUUACCACGCGGCGCUGCAGAAGCGACACCCGAAGACGGGCCAGUGGCUGCUCAACGGUCAACAAUUCGCAGACUGGAAAAACUCAACAACUUCUUUGAUGUGGCUUCACGGUAGUGCGGGUUGCGGUAAGACAAUCUUGAGUGCUGCGUCGCUGCACCAUAUCCUCAAUUACAAGGAGUCCCAUCCCGACACGACCGUAAGCUAUUUUUACUUCGACUUCAAAGAUGUGGAGAAACAGUGCUCCAGAAUGGCUAUUCGAUCAUUGCUGUUCCAGUGUGCGCUACAGGGGAGCGACGUCAUUCAGGAUCUUGAACGGUUGUAUCAAAAGUGCGACAAUGGACGGCAGCAGCCAGCUGAAGACGUCACACAAUCACUCUUCAGAAAGGCAGCUGCCUGCCCAGGACAGAAGUACGUGAUCCUUGACGCGCUGGAUGAAUGCACAGACCGUGAAGAUUUGCUACUUUUCGUCUGCGAGUUAAUGAAGUUAAAACCACGGGACCUCCAUGUGUUGGCAACGAGUCGCCGAGAAAAAGACAUCGAAGACGGGCUGAGUCCAAUCGCGACUCACAACAUCAAUAUUCAAAGCGCCCUGGUGGAUGCCGACAUACAUAUCUACAUUCACGAUCGGAUGGCCACAGACACAAAGUUGAAGAAAUGGCCAGAUUCAGUGCGGAAUGAGAUUACCACUACGUUGAUGGAAAAGGCUGGUGGCAUGUUUCGGUGGGUAUAUUGUCAACUUGAGUCCAUUCGUCAAUGUGUCAAGUUGAGUGCCUUGAGAAAGGCGCUAUCAUCAUUACCGAAGAAUCUGGACGAGACGUACAAUCGAAUAUUACAAAGUCUUGAAUCGACAGGUCAACUUCAAGACGCCAUCAGCGCUCUACAAUGGUUAUGCUUCUCAAGUCGUCCGUUGAAUUUGGCAGAAAUCGUUGAAAUUCUUGCCAUAGGAACAGCAGACCAGGGAGGAUUUUUUCCAGAGGAACGCCUUCCUGAUCCUACAGACGUAAUGGUUGUCUGUUCCAGCUUAAUCAGUCUCGACCCCAUCAAUAAUGACAACAAUAACGCCGACUCAUGGGAUGGCAGCAAGGAAGACGCUCGCAGAAUACAGAUUCAGCUCUCACACUUUUCCGUAAAGGAGUUUCUCUUGUCUAGUCGAUGUGCCUUUGACUUGAAUUUUCGGCCGCAGAUCUGCCACCUUGCUAUCGCGGAGGGUUGUCUGCAUUACUUACUUCACCUUUGUCAGAACGCACCUUUGACCGAAGAGCUUAUCGAGCAGUAUCCCUUAUCUUUAUAUGCGGCAAAGGAGUGGUGGCAGCACACACAGAACACCGGAAAUACAAUUAGCGAUGCAUUAUCUGAUCUCGCGUCAGGCCUUUUGACGAAUGAGGAUACUGCUCUGCUUUCGUGGAGACAGCUUUACGACAUUGAUAAUCCAUGGGGAGGUCCAUAUCUGUGGCUGAAGACAAGUGACAUAGCCCAGCCUCUUUAUUACGCGGCGACGAUUGGCGUACCAGAAAUCUGUGUGAGAAUAUUGCAACGAAAUGUCGAUGUCAAUGAUCAAGGAGGACAGUAUGGCCAUGCACUACAGGCGGCAUCGUCUCGUGGCCAUGAGAAGGUGGUGAAGAUGCUGGUGGAUGCCGGGGCAGAUGUCAAUGCUCAAGGCGGAUAUUAUGGCAGUGCGCUGCAGGCGGCAUCAUUUUGUGGCUAUGAGAAGGUGGUUAAGGUGCUAGUGGACGCCGGGACGGACGUCAAUGCUCAAGGCGGAUACUAUGGCAGUGCGCUGCAGGCGGCAUCGGAAAGUCGCCAACAGAUGGUGGUGAAGAUGCUGGUGGAUGCCGGGGCGGACGUCAAUGCUCGAGGAGGACGAUAUGGCAAUGCACUACAGGCGGCAUCAUCUCGUGGCCAUGAGACGGUGGUGAAGAUGCUGGUGGAUGCCGGGGCGGAUGUCAAUGCUCAAGGAGGACGACAUGGCAAUCCACUCGAAGCGGCGUCAGAAGGUGGCUAUGAUAAGGUGGUCAAGAUACUAAUAGAUGCCGGGGCGAAUGUCAAUACUCAAGAAGGGUAUGGCAAUGCACUAUAUACAGCAUCAGAGAGUGGCUAUGAGAAGGUUGUGGAGAUACUGCUGGAUGCUGGGGCGGAUGUCAAUGCUCAAGGAGGAUACUAUGGCAACGCGCUACAAGCGGCAUCAUAUCGUGGCGAUGAAAAGGUGGUGAAGAUGCUGAUGGACUCUGGGGCGGAUGUCAAUGCUCAAGGAGGACGGUAUGGCAAUGCCCUGCAGGCGGCAUUAUUUCAUGGCGAUGAGACGAUAGUGAAGAUGCUGAUGGACUAUGGGGCGGAUGUCAAUGCUCAAGGAGGGCGGUAUGGUAAUGCCCUACAGGCGGCGUCAUUCCGUGGCGAUGAGAAGGUGGUGAAGAUGCUGAUGGACGCUGGGGCGGAUGUCAAUGCUCAAGGAGGAUACUAUGGAAGUGCGCUGCAGGCGGCAUCAAUACGUGGCGAUGAGAAGGUGGUUAAGAUGCUGGUGGACGCCGGGGCGGAUAUUAAUGCUCGAGGAGGAUACUAUAGCGGUGCGCUGCAAGCGGCAUCAUAUCAUGGCGAUGAGAAGGUGGUCAGGCUGCUAAUAGAUGCUGGGGCGGAUAUCAAUGCUCAAGGAGGAUGCUACGGCAGUGCGCUGCAAGCGGCAUCAUCUCAUGGCGAUGAGAUGGUGGUCAGGCUGCUAAUAGAUGCUGGGGCGGAUGUCAAUGCUGAAGGGGGACUCUACGGCAAUGCAUUACAGGCAGCAUCACGUCGUAGUUAUGAGAAGGUGGUCAAGAUGCUCGUGGAUGCUGGUGCUGUCUCAAAAUGA